UUUAGAGGGUAAUUGUUGCCAUCGGUAUCGAUAUCGUUGGUUCAGUUGACAAUUUCUAACCUUAGUCGUCUUUGUUUCCAAAUCAGGUUAUGACUUCGAUAAAGAUUCGGCGCUAUGAGGAUGAUGAUGAGGAGGAAGUGAAGGAGAUCUUUACGCUCGGCAUGAGUGAGCACGUGCCCACCUCCUUCGUUCACCUCCUCAAACAGCCUCCUACUCAGAUGCUGCUGGUAUGUGUGUUCUGUGCGCUGCUGACUAGCUCCAAAUCCCUGCUGCUGCCCAUUUUAGCGGUAACUCUUCUCCUUGCUGCCGGAAGGCAGCUGGUGAGCUACAUGUUUUCCAGCUACAUCCAGGUCUCACUUCACCGCGACCUAAAUAACAUCCGCCAAACUUAUUUGGAGCAGCCGAAUUCCUUUUUUUGGGUAGCCGAGUCUCAGGGCCGAGUAGUCGGCACGGUGGCGUGCUUGCCGGCGGAGCACCAUGCGGACUGUUUGGAACUGAAGCGGAUGUCCGUACGGCGGUCUCAUCGCGGGCUCGGAAUCGCCAAGACGCUUUGUCGCACGGUGGCGGACUUUACUCGCGAACGUGGCUUUCCAGCCGUAGUCCUUUAUACCUCAGUGGUCCAGACGGACGCACAGAAGCUCUAUGAGCACAUGGGCUACACCAAAGUCCGAGAGUUUCUCGUCCCAGAGUUUUUCGCCAAGAUCUGCAACUUCACACUUUUUGAGUACCGGCUGGACCUGCAGCCGUCAGACAAAUGAGUCUUUGAACCUACGCCAGUGUCCUCUUGGAGUAUCUGUUUUGUCUGUUUAUCUUAUUUGUUUAUUCGAAUGUUCCUCUUCCUCUCUAUCUGCACUGUUUCUCUGUACUGUUAGGAAAGGCCUUCAUUUGUGGAGGGAAUAUCCUAAUGUCCAGUUCCACACCUCCACAUUAUUACCUGUUGUCAGGUGGGCAGGCGGAGGCCAAGGCUGUUGAUGUUUAUUCCGUUUCCUGUGAGAAGCAUCUGUGUCUGGAAGCAUCUGGAAAGCGUGGAAUUGUCGGUCAAUUCUUGGGUACUUUUUAUUAUCUGUAAGUUUAUGUUGGUGUAGUUAGAUUUAGACUGAUUUCAUUAGACUUGAUUACUUUAUUGCUUUGGGGGAUUGCACCUUGAUACAAUGCAGGGUGUUUGGAGUGUCAAAAUGGCUGUGGGCAUGGUUGAUUAUAUGCUGAUUGUCCAGAAACCUUUUCUUAUCUUGCAGGAGUUCUCUGUACAGACAGAAUGUUUAAGCAGGGGUAGCAAUUCAGCGUUGCUCCUAAUGAAAUGAUUAGCAAAAAUAGCACAGAGAAAAACAAAUUAAUCUUGUUUUGGUAUCUUAUGUAUAAUUAGCCUAUGUAAAUGUAUAAAUGCAGUGACAUACAUUAUGAUAAUUUUACAUCAAAAUUACCUAUACGUUUAAUUCUUUUCAAAAAUGACAAAUGCGUACUACAUGCAUAUGAACGUAAAUGUAGAAUGUAACUUUAAUUUAAUUACACCUGGCAAACUUUCCAUCCGUUUAAAUGAGCAAAGAUCACAUUGCCAAGACAUAGUGAGGGAAGAGCAUGUAAGACAGAAUGACAGGUGUUUGUAGGUAAAGUGAUGUACGCUGGUCUAUAUAAUUGGCAUGACGUGUCCCUAAGCUUAUUCCUCAUUCGGUUAAGUAUGAAAUACUACUUAAACAGAACUAAUGUUUCACACAUUGUUGGGACUUCGGUGCCGUCCAGUGUUUAUGUUACAGCUGAGAUUAAGCUAAGAUGCAGGCUAUGCAUUACAAUGCAAGUGCGGAGAGCAGUUAGAAUUAGGUGUAUAUGUUCUUGCCUAAAAAGCACUUUUAAACCUGGUGUUGAGCCUAACCUCCAGCCAACGAGAAUGCAGUGGACACAGCUUGACUGCUAGGGAACAUAUUCUCUAGUUUGGCUCCAAAGCGUUUUAGGGAAGAGAACUGGACCUUGUAACAUUUCUUGUUCUUCAUUUUCCUGAUCAUUUUUGUGAAGACCAUAAACAGUAACGAUUUUAUAUUUGUAGGAGGGCCUUUGUACUAAGUUUAUGUAAACAUAUAUGAAAUAUACACCUGUGAUUUAAUUUUAAUUAAUCAAACAGCUAAGUACUGAAUGGACCUUUGUUUUACUGUGUGAGGCCCAGAGCAAGUGACUGUGCAGUAAAACAGUGAAGACCUCAAGUGAGUGAUUUUUGUAUGUGAAAAUGACACAGAAUUUGUCAGUAAUA